AUGGUAAGCAUGGCAGCCUUAACAUUUGUAUUUGAGUUCAUCUUCUCCAUAGAAAUGAGAUAUAACAUCAACAAAAGUUUUUCACCAAAUGUAUCUCAUGUGUCUACUUAUGGAAGUUCUUAUUUCCUUCAGCCUGGUGGAUUCAAAAAAGUCCACUCUAGAUUAUCUAACAAACAAGACAAUCUAGGAAGCCCUGGGGCUUUCAGUGGAGGAAGAAAAAGCCACCAUGGACACUCUAAGCUAUCUCACCAUGACAGAAUCUGCAGUCCUAACUGUGGUCCCCACCUAUCUUUCAAUGCUCACCAUGGUGUUGAUUAUAAAGAAAUUGCUCAUUCUUAUUUGGGCAACAGACAGGUUCUUAGAUAUGCACGCGAUGAUCAAAGCAAUGGAAAUCAUUCUGAGAGCAAUGGAAGUUGGAAUAGCAAUGGCCUUCUAAGCAUCAACGAAAAAGAAACCAUGCAAUAUCUGAAUCAACGGCUAGCAUCAUAUCUGGAGAAGGUCCACUUUCUGGAGCAGGAGAAUGUCCAACUGGAGAAGAAGAUCUGUGACUGGUAUGAAAACAAUGCCCCCAACACACUUCCUGAUUCCAGCCAAUACAUAAAGACAAUCGAAGAGCUCCAGAAUAAGAGCUCUGCGGAAACUGUAGAAAACACCAAAAUUGCCUUGCAGAUUGACAAUUCUAAAUGGGCUACUGAUGACUUUAGAAACAAGCUUGAUAUUGAAUUUAAGCUGAGGAAUCAUGUUCAGGCAGAUGUAAAUGGACUUAACAAAGUCCUGGAGGGAGUAAAUAAGGAAAAAUGUGACCUUGAAAUGCAGUUUCAAGAGCUCCAGGAGGAACUAAAACAAAUGAAGAAAAACCACGAUGAGGAGGUAAACUCCCUGCAAGGUCAGUUGGGAGCCACGGUGAAUGUGGAGCUGGACGCUGCUCCAGCUGAAGACCUGAACAGAGUCCUGACGGAGAUUCGUGCAGCAUAUGAAAGCCUGAUGGAGAGGAACAUGAUCGAUGUUGAAGUUAUGUUCCAAGCAAGGACUGAAGAACUGAGUUGCCAGGUUCAGUCAAGCUCAGCAGAUCUACAGUCAGUUCAAAUCGAGGUGCUUGAUUUGAGGCGCAGCGUAAAGAAUCUGGAGACUGAACUGCAGAGCCAGUUGAACAUGAAAUCAGCACUUCAGGGUUCUUUGACAGAGACUGAGUCCAAUUACGGCGCAGAACUUGCCCAGCUACAGAAAAUGAUUGACACUGUAGAGGCUGAACUAGUGGAAAUACGAAAUGAACUGAAACGGCAAAACUCAGCAUAUCGAUAUCUUAUGGAUCAGAAGAACCAUCUUGAAAUGGAAAUCGCUACAUACAAAAGCUUGCUUGAUGGACAGGACAACCUUGUUAAAGAAUCUACACCCUGUGCCCCAGAAGAACCACUAUGGUUUGAAAUGCGUCAAGCAGGACUGUAUACCGGGGUGACUCCAGGCAAUGAGCGGACAUCAGGAGAUCCUGUUCCAGGAGCUGAAAUUCCGGACUUCACCUCCUCUUCUUCUACUUUGUUCCAACUGGGAAGUAUUAACAAGUUUAUUACAAUAACAUUAAAUAAUGAUAUUAAAAAUAGGAACACAUCUGAAAAAACGCAGGCCAAUGGAAUAACAGAUCCAGGAGAAAACAGGGGAAUAAGAAUGAAGAAGGAAAAUAGUCAGAAAGUAUUUUUCUUCUAUGCUGACACUAUCAUCCUUUUGUAA